GUCUGACAAGGAUGAUGUUGCUUUCCACUUCAACCCCCGAAUGGGCAGCAAGGUGGCCAUGAACAGCUUCAGGAAUGGAGGAUGGCAGACUGAGGAAUUUGCCUCUGAAAACCCCUUCAAAAAGGGAGAGGCUUUUGAAAUGUUUAUCGUCCCCAAACCUGAAGGAUAUCAGGUAUUCGUGAAUGGCAAGGAGCACUACAUGUUUAAGCACCGUAUACCUCUGGAAAAUGUGACAGUAUUAAAUAUCCUUGGACAUAUUACUGCAAACCUUUUUGGCUUCAUAGAAAACUGGAGCAUACCUUCAUUUACAAAGGAAUCCAAGACAACAAUCACCAGUCUGGGCAGCUCACGCUGGGGCCUUUCGACCGUACAGUCAGAAGUCUUACACCCGGUCCAAAAUCCUAUCCUUCCCUAUGUAGGCACAAUUCCUGGAGGACUUAGAGCAGGAAUGGCCUUGUACUUGCAGGGAGUUAUUCCUACUAAUGCUGACAAGUUCGCAAUAAAUUUCAAGACUGGACAGUCUGACAAGGAUGAUGUUGCUUUCCACUUCAACCCCCGAAUGGGCAGCAAGGUGGCCAUGAACAGCUUCAGGAAUGGAGGAUGGCAGACUGAGGAAUUUGUCUCUGAAAACCCCUUCAAAAAGGGAGAGGCUUUUGAAAUGUUUAUCGUCCCCAAACCUGAAGGAUAUCAGGUAUUCGUGAAUGGCAAGGAGCACUACAUGUUUAAGCACCGUAUACCUCUGGAAAAUGUGACAGUAUUAAAUAUCCUUGGACAUAUUACUGCAAACCUUUUUGGCUUCAUAGAAAACUGGAGCAUACCUUCAUUUACAAAGGACUCCAAGACAACAAUCACCAGUCUGGGCAGCUCACAGUGGGGCCUUUCGACCGUACAGUCAGAGGUCUUACACCCGGUCCAAAAUCCAAUCCUUCCCUAUGUGGGCACAAUUCCUGGAGGACUUAAAGCAGGAAUGGCCUUGUACUUGCAGGGAGUUAUUCCUACUAAUGCUGAGAAGUUCGCCAUAAAUUUCAAGACUGGACAGUCUGACAAGGAUGAUGUUGCUUUCCACUUCAACCCCCGAAUGGGCAGCAAGGUGGCCAUGAACAGCUUCAGGAAUGGAGGAUGGCAGACUGAGGAAUUUGUCUCUGAAAACCCCUUCAAAAAGGGAGAGGCUUUUGAAAUGUUUAUCGUCCCCAAACCUGAAGGAUAUCAGGUAUUCGUGAAUGGCAAGGAGCACUACAUGUUCAAGCACCGUAUGCCUCUGGAAACCGUGACAGCAUUAAAUAUCGUUGGACAUAUUAACGCAAACCUUUUUGGCUUCAUAGAAAACUGGAGCAUACCUUCAUUUACAAAAGAAUCCAAGACAACAAUCACCAGUCUGGGCAGCUCACGCUGGGGCCUUUCGACCGUACAGUCUGAGGUCUUACACCCGGUCCAAAAUCCUACUCUUCCCUAUGAGGGCCCAAUUGCCGGGGGUCUGAGAGCAGGAAUGGCCUUGUACUUUGAUGGAAAUGUUCCUACUAAUGCUGACCGGUUUUCAAUAAAUUUCAAGACUGGACAGUCUGUAAAGGAUGAUAUUGCUUUCCACUUCAACCCCCGAAUGGGCAGCAAGGUGGUCAUGAACAGCUUCAGGAAUGGAAGAUGGCAGACUGAGGAAUUUGCCUCUCAAAACCCCUUCAAAAAGGGAGAAGCAUUCAGUAUACUCAUUGGCAUCAAAUCUGAUGGAUACAAGGUACAUGUGAAAGGCCAAGAACUCUUCAUGUUCAAGCACCGCAUUCCUUUGGAAAAAGUUACUACACUUAAUAUCAAAGGGAAUGUCUCCAUCAGCUUCUUUGGUUUUAUCAUGGAUAAGUGAAGGAAUAGUAUUUUGUUGUCUUCCCUCACUGUUUUAAAGCACUCUUAAAGAAAUUUCUGAAGUUUGGGAAUGACGUAAAAAGUUAAAAUAAUGCAUGCCCUCAUUUUAAUAUGCACCAAAUGUUGCAUAAAGCAAUGACAAUACUGUUACUGCUCUUAUAAAAAUUAACAAUUAAAAUAAAAGAGAUUUUCUUGAA